UUUAUCAUGUGACUGAGCUUCGCCGUCAGGGUCGUGGUUGGAACCUGUCCGCUCGCGCAGCCUUCUGAACAGGACGAGAAACGUGUCCCUCACCGCGGAACCGACGGGGGGAAAAUGAGGCUGCCAAGGGCUACUGUGGGUGUCGUGUUUCUGUGGGCCUGCCUGAGCUCCGCCGCGGCCCGGGGCUGCUCGUCCUUCUUCUGCCGACGGCCCCACCGCGUCAGCGGCCCCACCGGAGCCGACCCGGGCUCCCCUCUCUUCCUCACCCCUUACCUGGAGAAGGGCGACAUAGCCGGAGCCAGGAAACUGAGUCUGGUGGGCAGUCUGCCUGGACCGAGCGUCAAGAGCUAUGCCGGGUACCUCACGGUCAACGAGAAGUACAACAGCAACCUCUUCUUCUGGUUCUUCCCAGCAGCCAAGGCUGACCAGGGAGCUCCUGUCCUGCUGUGGCUGCAGGGCGGGCCAGGGGGCACCUCCAUGUUCGGCCUGUUUGUGGAACACGGACCUUAUGUGGUGUACAAGAACAUGACGGCCGGACUGAGGGAUUACGCCUGGACAAAUGCCUACUCAGUUUUGUACAUUGACAAUCCGGUUGGGACAGGGUUCAGCUUCACUGAUGAUGACAGGGGCUUUGCUCAGAACCAGGAUGAUGUUGGUAGAGAUCUGUACAGUGCUUUAACACAGUUCUUCCAGAUCUUUCCUGAGUAUCAGGCCAGUGAUUUCUAUGCAACCGGGGAGUCAUAUGCAGGGAAGUAUGUUCCGGCCAUUUCUUACUACAUCCACAAAAACAACCCCACGGCCAAGGUGAAAAUUAACUUCAAGGGCAUGGCUAUUGGCGACGGACUCUGUGAUCCAGAGCUGAUGUUGGGUGGUUAUGGUGAGUUCCUGUAUCAAACAGGAAUGAUAGAUGAACUCCAGAAACAGUAUGUGAACAAGCAGACGGACCUAGGUGUUCAACUCAUCCAGAAGGAACAAUGGGUGGAGGCUUUUGAAGUUUUUGACAGUUUGCUGAACGGAGACGUGAACCCUUAUCCCUCAUUCUUUCAAAACGCCACCGGCUGUACCAACUACUUUAACUACAUGACAUGUCAGGAGCCCGAGGAUCAGGAGUACUUCUCCCAGUUCGUGACCCUGCCGGAGGUGCGGCGUGCCAUCCACGUGGGCAACCUGACGUUCCAUGACGGCUCGCAGGUGGAGAAGCACCUCCUGCAGGAUGUCAUGAAGAGCAUCAAGCCAUGGCUGGGGGUGCUGAUGGACAAGUACAGGGUCUUAAUCUACAGUGGUCAGCUGGAUGUGAUUGUAGCAGCCCCUUUAACUGAGAGGUUCCUGCCAACGGUUAACUGGACCGGGGCGGCCGAGUACAAAACAGCCCCCCGCUUCCACUGGAAGGUUCAGCCAGAUGACACGGAGGUGGCGGGUUACGUCAGACAAGUCGGAGAGUUUUACCAGGUCAUAAUACGGGGAGGAGGACACAUUCUGCCUUACGACCAGCCGGAAAGGUCUUUUGCUAUGAUUGACAGAUUCUUGUCGACGCAGAGCUGGAAGUGACAGGAACUGGUGCCGACGGGCAGCUGAACAAGUCCUGUUUGCUCAAUGACUGUUGAUCUGACAGAGCACUGAUUGUCAUUUUACUUUUUUUUUAAAGAAGAUUUAUUAUAGAUGAUAUUUUUGAUUUUCGGAUGAUGGCAUUUUUAUUGAAUCACCACAGAAAAAUGACAGUUCUCUCAGACCGCUUUGUUGUGUUUGGACUUUUUGUUUUGUUUUUUAACUUCAGGGAAAAUAUGGUUUGGGUCAAAUCUGAUCAUUAUGCAUUUCAAAAAAGAACAAUGGCAUGAAAUAAAGACGUCCUUACAAGUUUCGUUAUUCUAAUCAUUUCUGUGAAUGCUCGACGUUGCUGAUUGUGAAACUACAGUCAUAGUUAACCAUAAGUUAGUCAUGAAAACGUACACCAGGGGUCACUGCCCUCAAAAGAAACAUUUAAGCCUUUGUGGACGAACUGAAAAGUCAGAUUCAAGCUUUCCAGAGUAGAAGUCAGCCAUUUGAUGCUUUAGAAAAUAAUUCAAUAUACUAGAUUUUUUUUCUACAAAUGUUUCCAUUCCAUUCUAUUCGCAUGGAAACACAGGAUCCUUAUUUAAAAGUUAGCAUGUUCUAGAUAACAAUAGACAAUGAACAAAGGCUCUUAAUAGUUGUGAAAAGCCACAAAAAUUUCAACAUGUCAUAUUUCUCAGAUGCAAAUCCAUUGAUGAACCUUUGGAGUGCUUAGUGUUACCUUUUGUUUGUCCAUUGCAGCUUGGCUUGGAUUGCUGUAAUUUCUUGAUAAUUCACAGUUCCUUCAUUUGCAAAAUAUUUUCACAUGUAGCGCAUUUCAACCUUUAGGCGUUGACUUGACCAUUUUCUAAUUCUUUUUUUAUUUUU